AGAUGUAAUGCUAUUCUUACCAUCGAAAAUUUCUGCUAUAAAUGUGAGUCGGAAGAUCUGGACAAAUUAGAAUCGAUUCACACGAACUCUCCAAAAUCGGACAGUGAAGAUUCGAAUUAUAUUACUGACGAUGGGUUUGUUAUUAAGGAUGAUAUAAACACAUCAUAUAUUCAACAGG